GUAAGAUUUAAAAGUUGUUUUGUGAUCCCCAGGAUUCACGUGGGGACGCUCAGCACCUGCAAGACAGAUGGAAAAUGGAACUUUCUCAUCCCAUUUUCACCUGUCUGUGUUCCAGGACUACGGGCACCUGAAAUAUGUUUUCUUUGUCUUAACGAUCACACUGUACUUUGUAAUCAUAUUAUUCAAUGUCAUUAUCGUUGUAGUUACAAUCAGAAACAGAACACUGCACCAGCCCAUGUACAUCUUUAUUUCUUGCCUGUCAAUUAAUUCCCUGUUUGGCACUUUGGGAUUCUAUCCAAGGCUCUUUUUUGAUCUACUUUCUGUCAUUCAUACAAUAUCUCAUCCCGCGUGUUUAAUUCAAAUUUUUGUCAUUUACACCUACGCUAUGUGUGAAUUCACCAUUUUAACUGUAAUGGCAUAUGACAGGCAUAUUGCAAUCUGUGACCCCUUGAAGUACAACAGUAUAAUGACUUUAAAGGUCACUGGCACAUUGGUGGGGAUUGCCACCAUAUACCCCAUUAUUUGUAUGUGUGUAGUUGUUUCACUCACUGGCAGAUUACCAAUGUGCGGCAACAAAAUAGCACGAGUGUACUGUGCAAACUGGUCGGUCGUCAGGCUAUCUUGCAUCGCCACAACGCUUAACAACAUUGUAGGCUUUUUCAUCACCGUAACUACAGUUUUUAUACCAUUGGGUUUUGUAUUAUAUUCGUACAUUAAAAUUUUAGCUGUCUGUUAUAAAAGCUCAAAGGAAUUCAGGAAAAAAGCACUGCAAACAUGUCUCCCUCACAUAGUGACAUUUGUCAAUUACUCAAUAACUAUGUUUUGUGAGAUCAUCAUAAGUCGAUUUGAACUUGGGAAUGAACUGCAGAUACUGGCGAUCCUUUUAUCAUUAGAAUUUCUCAUCAUUCCCCCGGUUUUGAAUCCCCUCAUUUAUGGUCUUAAUUUGCCAGACAUAAGAAAGAGAAUUACUAAUUUAUUUCAAAAGAAAGUCAUUACACUGACUUAAUAUUUACAGCAAGAUAAGCAAUGAAUAAGACACGAUGCACAUAUUAGCCAUUCCUUAGGUGCAACCUGGGCUACACCACAGUGUUACCUUUUAGAUUUUGUCCAUGAAAUUGCUCAUUUGCUUCCAUUACAAUAUACAACUAUCCAAUUGUCAUCUAUUUUAUAAGGCUGAGUCUUUACUGUACUUGUACACGUUUUUUUUUUUUUUUUUGUGCCAUUUUUGUGUAAUGGAAAAGAAACAUUUCCCCAGUAGUUAUUGCUCUGUGAGGUGUCAUUUAUGGGGAAUGUUUAUUUGCUUUUGUACAUUACUUGCGAAUAUCUUGCAGAGAGCAGAAUGUUGCUUUGACACUGCAUUUAUUCAUAUGACUGAAUAAAAAUAGA